GUAUGUAAUGGAAAUGUUUACUUAUUUGUGCAACUAUUUUUGGGUAGAGGGCGGAGGGGAAAGGGCGUGGCCCCAAAAUAUCCGCCUAAACGAGAGAGGAUGGACGCCGUUUUAUGAAAAGUCACCUUUUUUUUUAAGCGCGAGCUCUUGUCUACAAGUGUGUAAAAGUUUUUUGAUUCGAAUCGCGCGUUUGGGCACAACAACCCAAAAUCGUAGUACAAAUAAAUAAAGAGUACCCUUUAAUAUUUACGUACCCACCAUGCAAAACGUGAGAAAUAGGCAACAAUCGUCAAUGGCAACAAAUUGGCGACUCGCCGGUUUAUUACCGUGGUGAUAAAUCGGCAACAUAAUUUCUUUCAUGUCAAUUUCGGAAUAAAAAAGUUAUCAAAAAAUCCCAAACUUAUACAUUUCGCGUCAAGAGUAUUUAUUAUCCAAAAGCGUCUAAUUUACACCCAAAGACAGGAUUGAAAAAAUAGGAAGCCCCAUAACCGAAAAAAAGAAUAAAUUCCGUUUCUAAGUUUGAUGGUUUUGCUCGUCACUGUACAUACAUUCUUUAUUGCAACUAUUUUUCAACAGACAAACAUCGAUGCGGAAUCAUACACACAGCUCCUUGCAGUUUACCUUUUUCAGGAUAAAUUAGCCGAUGCAAAAUUUUUAUGGAAAAGAAUACCACAAGCACUAAAAAAAGACAGCAACGAAUUGCAAAGGCUGAAUGUAGUUAUGUCUACACUCAUCGUGAACAAUCCAACCGACUUCUUCAAACAAGUGGAUUAUCCUUGGUCGAUUAAUAUCAAACUUAUAAUGGACGAUCUUAUUGAACGAGUGCGUCAGGAUGUAUUAACAUUAGUUGGCCAAGCUUAUAUAUCUAUUUUCGAGCAAGAGUUGAUCCAACUAACUCGGCUUCCUCAACAGGAUUUAAAACGAGUUUGCGUUGCGAUGGAGUGGAAGUACGAAAAUGAUGGCCAAAAGGCUGUGAUUAUUCCAAAAAAUUCCGAGCCUAUGACAAAAUUAAAUGCUAGUUCUGAAGAUUUGCUUUUAAAAUUAACAGAUUUUGUUUCUUUCCUGGAAAAUUAAAUUUAUAAUUUUUCGUUAACGAAGUCAUAUUAAAUGUAAUCAGUUACUUAAGGUACGUUAAUUCGACAAACCCA